CGCGGUUCCCGCCUCCUCCUUAAAUCCAGCUGCAAUGGACUCGGCGCGGAUUCGACCCUCGGGAGCUCCCGUGAGCAGCAGUCCGGCCCGCCGCGGAUAAACCCCCCAGGACGGUUACCGGCGCGCGGUCCCGCCAUGUGAACCGGAAGCGCGGGAGUUUCUGCCUCACUCUGGGAGCUGCUUUCGUCCCGACUCGACGCCUCGGACCUGUUGGAGGGCUCUUCGCACCUGCUCCCGCCUGACCUGCGCGCCCCCGCCCGCCCUCAGUGAUGUUAGUGUCACGCGCGGCGCUUCUCACCUUCUCCUGCUGGUUGGCGCCUCACUUCCUCUGUUACCUGCCUCAGGUGUCCGCGCAGAAGUCCAGCUCGCGGUGGCUCAUCGGGGACAGAGACGGUCACUGUGGGGUCAUCUGCUCCCGGACGCAGGGGAAGCCGGUCUGCGGGUCCGAUGGGCGGAGCUACGAGACGGGCUGCGAGCUGCAGAGGGCGCGCUGCAAAGACAAGACCCUCACGCUGGCCCAUCGAGGUCGCUGUCGAGGUCGGAGCAAACCGAAAGCGGAGCUGCUGCCGUUGGCUCCAGCGGCCACGUCCACGUCUGAAACCAGAAACCAGGAGCUCAAAGAUGUGAGCCAGUCCAAGUGCCGCACUGAGAGGAGUCAGGCUCUGGAGCAGACCAGGAGGCCUCAGGAGUUCAUCCCAGAAUGCAACGAGGACGGAUCCUUUGCUCAGGUCCAGUGUCACACUCUAACCGGGUACUGCUGGUGUGCCACCAGCGACGGGAAGCCUGUGGGCGGCUCCUCUGUGCGGAACAGGACACCUGUCUGUUCAGGAAACACCCGUGAAAAUAUGGGAACUCAUGCGGGGACGAGUGGACUGUCAGGGUCAGUAACCGAUAAACCAGCGGGGCCGCCAAACUCCGGUCGAAAAGUCUCUUUCCGUUUCUUUCUCACUCUGAACCCAGACGAUGGCUCCAAGCCCACCCCCACCAUGGAGACCCACACCCCCCCCGAGGGCGACGAGAUCACGCCUCCAACGCUGUGGGAGAAGCAUUUCACGAAGAAGGAACAGCGGCAGAACAACUCCACCUCCAGGAAGCAAGAUAAAGUUCCGUCCUGUGACCAGGAGCGGCAGAGCGCUCUGAGCGAGGCUCGGCAGUUCUCCGAGCAGGACGUCUUCAUCCCGGACUGCGGUUCCGGAGGCCUCUACAGACCGGUGCAGUGCCACCAGUCCACCGGCUACUGCUGGUGUGUUCAGGAGGAGACGGGACGGCCCAUUCCCGGCAGCUCCACCAGGUACAGGACGCCCGACUGCGACGGAGCGCGGGUCACCGAGAACCCCUUCGCCGCGUCGGACCUGCCAGGCUGCCCAGAGGGGAGGAAAGUGGAAUUCAUUACCAGCUUGUUAGAUGCCCUCACCACAGACAUGGUGCAGGCCAUGAACUCACCAGCCCCCUCUGGUGGAGGGAGGUUCGUGGAGCCCGACCCCAGCCACACCCUGGAGGAGCGGGUGGUCCAGUGGUACUUCUCCCAGCUGGAUAACAACGGCAGUCACGACGUCAACAAGAAGGAGCUCAAGCCGUUCAAGCGCUACCUGAAGAAGAAGGCCAAGCCCAAGAGGUGCGCCCGCAAGUUCACCGACUACUGCGACCGCAACAAGGACCGCGCCAUCUCGCUGCCGGAGCUGAAGGGCUGCCUGGGCGUCGGGAAGGAGGGAAGCUCCACCACGGCCAGCGACAAAGGCGCCCGGCAGGGGACCAACGUCUUCAUAGGUCGCCUGGUGUGAAGGACGGAGAAGUUCUGGACACCGGGACGGCGACCUUCGCUCUCCGGGACGGCGACCUUCGCUCGCUGGAAGGAGAACAACCGAAAAAAACGAAGCGGCACCAAAAUAUUUGCACUUUUUCCUCCCUGUGUUUGACGUUUGAUCUGUUUUUGUGUUUUUCUUCUGUGACUGAAAACUUUUCUGUAAAAAUCACCACUGGAGCAUUUUUACCCACAAUUCUCUGCGUGUCCAGUCAGUCUGCUGGGACGUUUUUCUGUAUGAAACAGACGAAAAAAAAACACUUUUAUCAGGAUGAAGCAACGUUAGAAAUACCCAACAUGCAUUUCUCCUACAACCAAACAAAUAAAGUUACGUCCAAAUCUGCACAUUUGUUUAAAUUAACGCUAAAAGUUGCAAAUAAAAUCUGAUCCGAAUUUUGGAUCUCCAGCUAUUAUGAUACAAUUUAAUUUUUUUACUUAUAACUGCACCGGUAAAGUUGACCAGGAGCCCGACGGAGGUGAAACGCUGAACCGCACAAUGUUGUUCGUCAAAUGACCACUAGGAGGCGUUUCACUCAAUCAGUCCAAAACCCAACAGAAAAAGCACGUUUUAAGUCUGGUUUCAGAAGUUGUUUCAACCUCUGUGGUUGAAGAGAAUAAAUAGAAGAUUUAGACGACAGAGAUUUGUUUUUCUUUACGAUCAGAAGGCGCACAAAUGGGCGUGGCCUCUUUACUCCCUCUAGGUCUAACAGCCGUCACUCAUUUUUCUGCAUCAUUCCUCAUGUGUGGUUAGAUGAAGGCCGUUUCAGACGUUUCAUUCCUCCAGCCGACUGACAAAGGAGAACCAACUCUAACCAGGCUAAUGCUAAUGCUAAUGCUAAAUUUGGAGUAGAUGAAGGAUCCAAUGGACAGGAAACCUUCCAAAUCCACACGAAUCUUCUACACCUGAACAGAUUCACCUCUAGAUCCUAAAUACGUGAAAACCGUCUGUGAAUGUUUGUGACCGACACAAACUAAAUACUUCGUAAACCCUCAGAAAAAUGUGAUUUCUGCUUCCACAAAGACUCACUUUGAUCAUCUUUUGAUUCAUUUCAAGGCGUCUUUUAUGUUGUUUUCUAGGACUUAGUUUCUGCAGAGCAGCAGGAGUUCAUUAGAAAUUCACCUCUGAGUUGUGGGCGGGAUGUUCGGUGCCCCGCCCCCUGAGAGCUCUCUGUUCACUCUCUCCCUCUAGCUUACAGCCUAACGAGACCACUGCAACAACACCGUUUCUCUCCAGUUUAGAUCCAGAUUCCAGCUCAGACGAGGAAAACGUGAAUCUGUUCGUCUGCAGGUGGAUACAGCAGAAUGGGGCGGAGCAGGGAGCUUGUGGCCCCGCCCAGCGUCUUUUCUAUGUCACAAAUACGAUUCUUUUCAAACGGCACAAGAACAUGUUAGAAACACCGUUUUAUCCCAGUUUUUCUUUAAAGUCCUGAACAGUCCAGUUCUCCAGAUGAUUUUGGAACUCCGUGUUUUUCUAACAGCCAAUCAGCUUUCAGGACCGUCAGACCACCGAGGGUCUGACUGACUGAAGCAGGCCGGUUGGUUGGAGGAUUCUGGGCUGAGCUCGUCUGACUUCAGCUCCAUUUUUUGAUGCAAAGGAACCUUCUGAAACCAGAUCUUAUCUCCACCAAAUUCUGGCUUCACCAGAACUUUGAGAACUUUAUAAAACUGAAAAAAGGUGAGAAUCUGGUGGCGAUAGCUGAAGCGAACGUUUUCAGUGACACGUUUAGGAUCUUCCUUCCUCCCAGUUUAAAUCUGUAUCAAAUAAUAAUCCUCUGAAUGAUUCUGUUAAGCUGUAACUUCUCAUAGCAGUGAGGUGAUUCCCCGUGGAUCCAGAUGCCAAACGUUGAACACCAGAACCGCAUCGGCGGGUCUUCAGCUUCAGCAAACAGCGGUUUGGUUAGCGGUCCUCCACUGUGCCUUAACGCUCCAAACUUUAACCGUCGGAUGAUCUGAUCUGACUUCAUCCAACACGCAGAUGGACGUUUUCUGAAUAUAAACCGGAACCGUAGCAUCUUUACAAAAAGAGGCGGAGCUUAACGCAGGAUUUUGUAGAUAAGCUACAAAAUAAAAGUUAGUUCUUUAUUGUAAGUUGUAGUUUGGCUGCAGACAGAAACCAAAAAAAAGAAAAACCUUAAACCAGAGACUGAAGACUGAACAACUUUUAAUCUGAUCUGAUCUGAUCAAACUGUAUGCAAAGAAAAUCUGAGGCCUGAAAUGCUUCAGUGAAACAAUCGUAUAUAAACUGUUGAUGUUUGAAUGUUUUUGAAUCACUGCAGAAGUUUGGAACUAAAAGUCUUCUCGUGUAAAUAUGUCUCUAGUUCUCCUGUAGCUUCUGUUGGACUGAAGGUUGAUGUGAGUCUGUAAAAAGAUCUUCUCUAGAUCCUCGUGGAUCCGACCGGAUCACCUUCUCUGGUUGUGGUGCUCCACUCAAUCCAGUCUUUAUUCGGGUUCGGUGGACUUUCCUGCUUCAGGACCGCUUUGGUGGAGAUCUAUAUCUGGAUCAGAUCUAGAUUCGGAUUGGAUCUCGAUCUUGAACAGUUCUAGGUCUGGAUCAGAUCUGGAUUAUCUCCGUAUCUGGAUCAGCUCUGGUUCUGGAUUGGCUUUGGAUCUGGAUCUGAUCUUGAUCUGGAUCAUCUUCCAAAACUGAUGCUGAAGAUGUCAGAACAGACCAGUAGCAGACGGAGGCGGAGCAUCAACGGGGAGGGGCUUCAGCUCCGUCCUGCAUUUCAUUAAAAUUCUGUUUUUUAAAGUGUAUUUGAUGGAAAACGAAUGAAAUAAACUAGACAGUGAAAAGGAAA